CCCAUCACCAUCUCCUUUCCGUUGUAAAUGUUCACAUUCCCGCCAUCAUCGCGCGUUGCUGCGAAGCGUCGCGUUCACUGUCAACAAGAGAUACACCGGAGAGCAGGUGAAUGCCGGCGAAACUAAGUUUUUACCCCCGGAGGACCACCAACAAACACAGUACUACAUUCUGUAUGCGCGAAGGCGCGUCUUCCACCGUCUUCAGGUAAAGAACCGGAAUUCUUUGAAGGUGCACCAUUGGGAUAGUAAGCCAUGGCAACCUUAGUGCCCAAACUCUCCAGUGGUGGCACCGUUAAGAUCCGCUUUGACAGCAUUGACCUGGGUACCACCAAAUGGAGAGAAGGAACGUUUGAGAUUCUGGAGAAGGACAACAAAGUUAACCUCUACUUGAGGUUCAGCGGUGGCGGAGCCCCCAAAACCUUCCAGCUGAAUCAGAACGUGAAAAGCCUUUACAAGAACCUGAACCGGAUCAUGCUCACCCUGAAGGACAGCAGUGUCAUCACCUUGGAUAAAAUGCCCACACAGCUGGUCCAGAGAACCAAGGAAUAUCUGGAAAAGCUGAAGCCAGGAAAAACGGUUUUGAAAUCCUCUCAUGGAAGCGCAAACCUCAGCGUGCUCAGUAACCGCUCGAUAAAAAACAAGAACAGCCCAUCUGGGGAAAGACAGACAACACCGAGGCGACAGAGCGCAGACGGCCGGGACGACUCGACCCCGCGGAAACCUCUGAGCAGCCCGAGCAGAGCGGCUUCCACUCCGACUCGCAGCGGGUUGUCUGAAAACAGGGGCGAGAAGAGAAAGAGGCUGCUGAACUCUGAAAGUGACCUAACUGAGGACUACCCCAAGGAAAACGACUCCUCCAGCAACAACAAGGCCACUGCAGAUCCAUCCAGGAAGUUUCUGCUGAGCUGCAAAGACAAGCUGAAGCAGGCAGAGGAGAACAGGAGCUCAGCUCCUCUGGGCUCCACUCCUCUUCAGCCAACGUCGUUCUACGGCAGCCGCUCUGUAACUAAAGACUACAGCCAGAGCCACUCUUUUCUGGACAGAGGUCCCAGCACGGCACAGACCCCCACUGGCAAGAGAAGCUUGAUGCUCCCCAACCACUCGACUCCCUUCAAGAAGGUCCGACCAUCUCUGGAUUAUGGAGGCUGGAACAAACAGAGACCCUCUAGUCUGGCCCAGCCACAGCCCCCCCUGCAGGGGUUUUCCAAUCUGGGCAACACUUGCUACAUGAACGCCAUCCUUCAGUCGCUCUUCAGCCUCCCUUCCUUCUCCAGCGACAUGCUGAAGCAGAGCAUCCCUUGGAAGAAGGUGCCCAUCAACGCCUUGCUCAGGCGUUUCGCUCACCUGAUGGUUAAGAAAGAUGUGGCCUGUCCAGAGACCAAAAAGGACCUGUUAAGGAAGGUGAAGAAUGCCAUCUCCUCCACAGCUGAACGCUUCUCUGGAAACGUGCAGAAUGAUGCUCAUGAGUUCCUGAGUCAGUGUUUGGAUCAGCUGAAGGAUGACGUGGAGAAGAUGAACAAAAACCUGACAAUCGACACCGCUGCCUCCUCUUCAUCCUCUGCGCUGUCCGAAAACGCUGCCGAGGCAGCGGCGGCGGUUAAAGUGGAACCUGGUGACGAGGCCGACACCUCGCGCAUCUACACCUGCCCUGUGGCUGUCAACAUGGAGUUCGAGGUGCAGCACACCAUCACCUGCAAAUGCUGCGGUGAGGUGGUGAACAAACGUGAGCAGUUCAAUGACCUGUCCAUCGACUUGCCGCGCAGGAAGAAAACCCUCCCGCUUCGCUCCAUCCAGGAUUCCCUGGAUCUGUUCUUCAGGAUGGAGGAAAUUGAAUACUCCUGUGAAAAGUGCAGCGGGAAAUCAGCAACUGUUACUCACAAAUUCAGCAAACUGCCCAGAGUGCUCAUCCUCCACCUGAAGAGGUACAGCUUCAACGCUCAGUUGUCUCUGAACAGCAAGCUGGGCCAGCAGGUUCUGAUCCCCCGAUUCUUGACCCUGCUGUCCCACUGCACCGACUCCACGAGACCCCCCAUCAGCCUCGGCUGGACCUGCCAAGCCUCCAUGUCCAGGACGCUUAAAACAUCCCAAUCAGUCAACGCCUCCACGACUCCUCUGAGAAGGACGGGAGGAAAAUCUACCAACUCCAGCUGCAGCUCAGUCCUGCUGGACUCGGACUGCGAAGACGAGCCCACCAGGAAGGUGAACACCAGCUGCAAGCGGCGCCUCAGCAUCUGCCUGCCUGAAGACGACGGCCGUCCAGAGGAGAAGACGGCGACAGUGGAUCCGGCAGAAUUCAGUGGCAUAAACGAUGAUGAAAUGUUGGCUGCCGCGCUGGAGAUGAGCCGGCAAGAAGCCGGACUGUCUGCCGCGCCGGCGCCGGCGCUGGAGGACGAGCCGACCAGCAGCCCGGACACCGGGUUUGGAGACUCAGAUGUUCAUGAUCUGGCUUAUCACACAGAUCUGCUGGAAACAGACAACAAACAGCCUGCAGAUGUGCUGGAUUCUCUGGAUUUGACCAUGGAUGAGAACAAGGAGAACCAGACUCCAGAAGGUGUGCAGCAGCAGGGAGAGUUGGACUGGGUCCAGCAGUACAGUCUGGACCAGGAGAGGGAGGAACAGGAGCUGCAGCAGGCCCUGGCCCAGAGCCUCCAGGAGCAUGAGGCCCAGGAGAUGAGAGAAGACGACGAUCUGAAAAGAGCCACUGAGCUUAGCCUCCAAGAGUUCAACAACUCUCUGCCGGAGCUGCUGUGCUCGGAUGACGACUCCGGUAACGAGGACAUUCUGGACAUGGAGUACACUGAAGAUGAAGCAGAGACCCUGAAGAGGAACGCUGAGGCCGGAGACUUGGCCAACUCCUACAGACUCAUCAGUGUCGUCAGUCACAUCGGGAGCAGCUCUUCUUCUGGACAUUACAUCAGCGACGUCUACGACAUGAAGAAGCAGUCGUGGCUGACCUACAACGACUUGGACGUGUCGCGCACACAAGAGUCAGCCGUGCAGCGAGACCGGGACCGCAGUGGAUACAUCUUCUUCUACAUGCACAAGGAUGUUUUCGAGCAGCUUUCUGAGACGGAGCGAUUGGGAUCCAGCUGCACGUCUGAAGCAGGAAGGAACGUCCUGCAGCCUCUCUGAGAUCUUCAGAUGUCCAACUACUCUGAUCCCUGGUAGCUGAAGCUGUCCUGAGGGCAACCUUCGGUACAGCUGUUGAACAUCUUCCUCACGGUGGACUCCAGGCGCUCCUCUCUGUACCACUGAACGAACCCGUUUGUCUCUGGUCGCAGACGGGAAGCUGUUCUAACGUUCUGUGGAUGAAACUUUGCCUCCAAGUUUUUGAGGCCAGUUUUUUUUUUUUUUCUUCUUCUAUGAUUUAAUUGUUUUUGGUGUCGCUUGUUUAAGCAGAUUUGGAUUUGAACCAUCAAACAGACGCUGCUGGUGCUGUACAGAUUGUAUGUUUGCAGAUCCUUUAGUUCUCAUAAACUAAAUAAAGAUAACUUCUCUGUUGGAGUAAAAGCUGUAGCAGAGCUGGAGGGUCCUGGUAUUUAGCGGGUUCAUUUUGGUGCAAUAUGUGGGUUCUGGCACAGAGCGGCCGGUUUGGGUCAGCCAGGAUGUUUUCCGGUUGCUUUUGUGCUGCUCUGUGUGUUCGGUUGUUCCCACGGUUUCUCAAGCAGAUGUCCGUCAGUUACUGAGCAUUUAUUAACAUGUGUCCAAGCUUUAUUUUGAAAGGUGCGUAACUCUGGUGUUGGAUGUUUGUCGGAUGUUGGUGAACAUGAAGCCAACAGAUUUUUAUGGUGUUUCAGCAGAGCUUGAAACACUGAAUCUUCAGUAUUUAUCAACUUCAGGUUUGCUUAGAAAAUAAAUCUAGAGAAUUCUUGUUUCUAGUUUUUAAUCCACUGUAAACGUGUCUGUCAUAAUUCACCCUGAUGCGAUGAUUUCCCUUUAAGAUUGAUGAAAUGAACUGAUUUAUUCCCGUGUCUGAGUGAAACCCUGCACUGUCGUGUGAAGAGGCUAAAAUGUAUUUAUGCAGUGAGAGUGGAAAGCUUUUUCUACCCUUCAUACGCUGAUUCUUCCUUAAACCAGGUUUUAAUAAAAUUAUAGUCAAAAGUACA